AAAUUUUUGACAUUUUUUCCCCUUUCUGCCCUCCUCUCCCUUCAACAUCGCAGUCGAUUACACAAUCCCUCUCUUCAUCAAUUUGCCAUUAAUAUCAUUAAUCUGCCAUUUGAAUGCAGAAUUCCAGUCGACGUUCCCAAUCCCCCAACCGACAUCAUUCCCGUUUGCCCUCCCCAUUAAAGAGAGGUAAACGGGAGUGAGAGAUUUAGGUUAUAUGCCACACUAGAGCCGAAGCAGAUUCAGCAACCAACAAUGGCGGAUGUUGAGGUCGAUGCUGCAGCAGCCGGAGCACCGAAGAAGAGGACGUUCAAGAAGUUCAGUUUCAGAGGAGUUGAUCUGGAUGCUCUCCUUGAUAUGUCUACUGAUGAGCUUGUUAAGCUCUUCACUGCUCGUGCUCGCAGAAGGCUCCAGAGAGGUUUGAAGAGGAAGCCUAUGGCUUUGAUUAAGAAGCUCCGUAAAGCUGUUACUCUUAGGAAACAAAGAUCACUUUUUAUCCAUUUAGUGGGGUGACUAAAGAGCUAAAAGCCUUUUUAAGUGACAUCUCAGGGGCCCAUAUGCAGGUGCCGUAGUAGGACCGAGGAGCAACAACUUCUAUAGGUUGCUGAGCUGGUGUCAAUCUUGGUGGUGGUGCCGCCGCCGCCAAAGCAUCAGGUUACGCAUAAACCUGCUGUAGGGCAGCCUGCGUGGGUUGUAAAUUAUAGAUGUGUUAUAAAAGAUUAACAUACUAACAUGAGUAAAAAAUAUAAGUAUGAUAGAGCAUUCAUUUCAGAUGGAUAAAUUAUAGAUGGGUUAUAAAAGAUUAACAUACCGAUGAUAAGAUUAUGCUCGUUAGCGGCUUCUUUGUUGUGGAAGGUCGAGUGGAUGUGGGACAAGUGACACUCACAACUAGAUGGUACCUGUCGGGUAGAAACUGUGAGAGACAGUUGGCGAUGUUACGAGUUAGUGCGUUUCGGCGACGAACCGGGUCGAUACGCGAUUGCGGGGAAUAACCGAGAGAUAUGAUUAUUUGAAGGGAUUCCUGAUGAUAAAAGAAGAUUAGGACAUGAUUUUGGUAUGUUGGGUUGAAUCUAUAAAAUGUCACACAAGAAGCUCAAAACAUUCGCGUUGAACUUAGUGUAUCAUGCCGGCGCGCGAGUUCUGUGAAGCAGUCCAACGAGCUGCUACCAUUGCUGAAGCCGAAGGCGAGAACAAGAUUGAAAUUGUUAUUGCCACACCUGAAAGGUUAAUUGAUAUGUUGAGUCUCAUCAUAUAAACUUGCGGAGUCUCGUGCUCGAUGAAGCGGACCGGAUGCUAGACAUGGGUUUUGAACCGCAAAUGAAGAAAAUUGUUUCCCAGAUUGAUAAAUGCUUAAUGAGGAAGGUCGAGUGGAUGUGGGACAAGUGACACUCACAACUAGACGCUACCUGUCGGGUCGAAACGGUGAGAGACAGGUGGCGAUGUUACGAGUUAGUGCGUUUCGGCGACGAGCCGGUUCGAUACUUAAAAGUGUGGCUUGCGUGAAUCUUUGUCUUAAAGACAUAUAAUUAAUUUUUUGUACAAAUGUGCAUGUGGCAUAUGGCGGAGUUGCAAUCCGUCACACAUCAUGCGAGGCGGAAGCGGAAAUUGACCAACUCGAAAGACAUACCCUUCUACUGAAACACAAUAUAUUAGUGAAUUGGUAAAACGUUAUAUAGAGCUAGCAGGGCCAACCUUGAGAAUUCAUGUACCAUGUUCGAGCUCGAAAAAACGAUAUAAGUUGGUUCUUUAAUAUGUACUCUUUUCUAUCAUUCACAUGGUAUAUGUAUUUGAUCAUGCAGCAGUAACCCGUUCAGUAUCCAAA